UCUCUGCUUGGAUCAAGCCAGCCUCUAGGAUCUCAGCGCUGUACAAUCUCUUAUAACUGCAGUGGCUCUUCUCGAUGAUAUGAGAGCUGAUCAAGGCGGUCCCACGCACCAUAGGCAUCAGAUCUUUUUGCCAAAACCGGAUCUCUAUGCAUUUUUCUGAUCCUUGAAAAUAAAACGAAAGAAACCCUUGGCUGCGUGGAAUAACAACAGACAUGACUGCGUUGAGGAAAUUGAAAUAUCUCCUGCUUCUUUUCACAGGUCUGAUCACUGCAGCUAACGGUCAGACUUGUGGAGGCUUGGUACAAGGUCUUAAUGGUACGAUAGAAAGCCCAGGUUUUCCUCAUGGUUAUCCAAACUAUGCCAAUUGCACCUGGAUCAUAGUCACAGGAGAGCGCAACAGGAUACAGCUGUCAUUUCAUACCUUUGCCCUUGAGGAGGAUUUUGAUAUAGUAGCUAUCUAUGAUGGACAGCUGCAGCAAGGCAACUUGAAAAUGAGGUUGUCUGGCUUUCAGUUGCCAUCGCCUAUUGUAAGCACAGGUUCAAUUCUUGGACUUUGGUUUACUACUGACUUUGCAGUGAGUGCCCAAGGAUUUAAAGCUAUCUAUGAAGUAUUGCCGAGUCAUACCUGUGGUAAUCCAGGAGUGAUUCCAAAAGGAGUUGUCCAUGGAUCACGAUUCAAUAUUGGAGACAAGAUUCGCUACAGCUGUGAGACAGGCUAUGUCUUGGAAGGUCAUGCAGUGCUGACAUGUAUUGUGAGUCCAGGGAGUGGAGCAUCUUGGGACUUUCCAGUUCCAUUCUGCAGAGCGGAAGGUGCUUGUGGUGGAACGUUAAGAGGUACAACUGGAACAAUAUCGAGUCCGCACUUCCCAUCUGAAUACGAGAAUAACGCUGACUGCACAUGGAGCAUACUUGCAGAACCCGGGGAUACCAUUGCCUUGGUCUUUACAGAUUUCCAGCUUGAAGAUGGGUACGAUUUUCUAGAAAUCAGUGGAACUGAGGCACCAUCAAUAUGGUUGACUGGCAUGAAUCUGCCCUCCCCUGUCAUCAGCAGCAAGAAUUGGCUUCGGCUGCAUUUUACAUCUGACAGCAACCACCGACGGAAAGGAUUUAAUGCCCAAUACCAAGUGAAAAAAGCAAUUGAACUGAAGUCCAGAGGGGUCAAGAUGCUGCCAAGUAAAGACACCAACCAUAAAAAUACUGUCUUGAGUCAAGGUGGAAUAGCAGUGGCUGCUGAUAUUUGUCUUGACCCGGGGGUCCCAGAGAACGGGAAGAGGAUAGGUUCUGAUUUCCGGGUUAGUGCCAGUGUCCAGUUCUCAUGUGAUGACAGCUAUGUACUCCAGGGUUCAAAGAGCAUCACUUGCCAGAAAGUGACAGACACUUUGGCUGCAUGGAGUGACCACAGGCCAGUCUGCCGUGCAAGAACAUGUGGGUCCAAUUUAAGAGGACCAAAGGGUAUCAUCACAUCUCCAAAUUACCCAGUCCAGUAUGAGAACAAUGCACAUUGUGUAUGGGUUAUUACUGCAGCUGCUUCUGACAAGGUCAUCAAGCUUGCUUUUGAAGAGUUUGAUCUUGAAAGAGGCUAUGAUACAGUAACUGUGGGAGAUGGUGGGAAGAUUGGUGAUGCAAGAACAGUGUUGUAUGUUCUUACAGGAUCCAGUGUUCCUGACCUGAUUGUGAGUUUGAGCAACCAGAUGUGGCUUCAUCUUCAGUCUGAUGACAGUAUUGGAUCUCAGGGUUUUAAGGCAAUCUAUGAAGAAAUUGACAGAGGAGGGUGCGGAGAUCCUGGAAUACCAGCCUAUGGUAAACGUGCUGGCAGCAGUUUUUUACAUCGAGACACGCUGACAUUUGAGUGUCAGGCAGCUUUUGAAUUGGUUGGAGAAAGGACAAUCUCUUGCCAGCAAAAUAACCAGUGGUCUGGAAACAAACCCAGCUGUGUCUUCUCCUGCUUUUUCAAUUUCACGGCUCCAUCAGGAAUUAUCCUGUCUCCCAACUACCCAGAGGAGUAUGGAAACAACAUGAACUGUGUGUGGCUGAUUAUUGCUGAACCAGGCAGUAGAAUCCAUCUCAUCUUCAGCGAUUUCGACGUGGAGCCCCAGUUUGACUACCUAACAGUGAAGGAUGACGGGGUGUCUGAAGCAACAACAUUUGGAACAUUCUCUGGCAAAGAUGUCCCUUCUCAAAUUGCCAGUAAUGGACACAUAGUGCGACUAGAGUUUCAGUCUGAUCACUCCAACACAGGAAGAGGAUUUAACAUAACAUACACAACAUUUGGGCAGAAUGAAUGCCAUGACCCUGGAAUACCCAUCAAUGGGCAACGAUUUGGUGACCGGUUCCUGCUGGGCAGUUCUGUUUCUUUUCAUUGUGACGAGGGCUUCAUAAAAACCCAUGGUUCUGAGACAAUUACGUGUGUGAUGCAGGAUGGAAGUGUGGUCUGGCAUUCAGCAGUGCCCAGGUGUGAAGCCCCCUGUGGUGGUCACUUAACUGCACCGAAUGGAGUAAUCCUGUCUCCUGGCUGGCCAGGAUUUUAUAAGGACUCGUUGAGCUGUGAAUGGGUGAUUGAAUCAAGACAAGAUCAUGCCAUCAAAAUAUCAUUUGACAGGUUUCAGACUGAAGUUAAUUAUGACACAUUAGAAAUACGAGAUGGACCUGCUAACUCAUCACCAUUAAUUGGAGAAUACCAUGGUACCCAGGCCCCCCACUUCCUUAUCAGCACCAGCAAUUACAUGUACCUUCUGUUCACCACUGACAACAGUCGGUCCAGUGUGGGCUUCCAGAUUCGUUACGAGAGUGUCAUGUUGGAGAUGGAUUCCUGUCUAGAUCCUGGUAUCCCUGUAAAUGGAAAACGACGUGGGAACAACUUUGCAAUUGGUUCCAGAGUGUCAUUUAGUUGUGAUCAAGGAUACACGCUUAGUGAUGAAGAGCCAAUUGUUUGUGAAAGAAACCACCAGUGGAACCACGCAUUACCCAGUUGUGACGCUUUAUGUGGAGGAUAUAUGUACGGUAAAAGUGGAACAGUGCUAUCUCCCGGGUUUCCUGAUUAUUACCCAAACUCGCUAAACUGCACUUGGACCAUAGAAGUGUCUCAUGGAAAAGGAGUACAGAUGCUUUUUCACACCUUCCAUCUUGAGGAUUCUCAUGACUAUUUACUUAUCGCAGAGGAUGGAAUCUUUACUGAGCCAGUUGCACGGCUUACCGGAUCUGGCUUGCCACCAUCCAUCAAAGCAGGCCUCUUUGGAAAUUUUAGUGCACAACUGCGGUUUAUUUCAGACUUCUCUAUGUCCUAUGAAGGCUUUAACAUAACAUUUUCAGAAUAUGAUCUGGAGCCCUGUGACGAUCCAGGAGUCCCAGCUUUCAGUAGGAGAAUUGGAUUUCAGUUUGGAGUCGGAGAUUCUUUGAUUUUCUCUUGUCUCCCUGGAUACAGACUGGAAGGCAAUAACAGGAUCACUUGUUUAGGAGGGGGCCGGCAUGUCUGGGGUGCACCUCUGCCAAGGUGUGUGGCUGAAUGUGGAGCAUCUUCAGUUGGGAAUGAAGGAAUACUAUUAUCUCCCAAUUACCCAUCCAACUAUGAAAAUAAUCAUGAAUGCAUCUACAAAAUUGAGACUGAAAAAGGGAAAGGAAUAAGCCUUAGUGCCACAAACUUCCAGUUGCAGGAUGGGGACAUUCUUAAGGUUCAUGAUGGCAAAGAUAGUUCAUCUCGACUACUUGGCCUUUUCACAAAGAAUGAGAUGCAUGGUGUGAUCAUCAACAGCACCUCCAACCACCUGUGGUUAGAAUUUAACACUAAUGGAACUGGCACUGAGAAAGGAUUCCAGCUAAAAUACAGCAGCUUCGACCUUGUAAAAUGUGAGGAACCAGGAAUCCCUACCUAUGGUUACAAGAUUCAAGAUGAUGGACAUUUUGCGAAUACGCUUGUGUUGUACAGCUGUAACCCUGGGUACACAAUGCAUGGCAGCAGAACCUUGAUCUGUCUAAGUGGGGAUCGACGAGUGUGGGACAAACCAAUACCUGCUUGCAUAGCUGAAUGUGGAGGCCACAUUACAGGAGCUACUUCAGGAAGAAUAUUGUCACCUGGUUACCCUGCACCAUAUGACAAUAACCUGCAAUGUACCUGGUCCAUUGAGGCAGAUCCUGGUAAAACCAUAAGCCUUCAUUUUAUAGUCUUUGACACUGAAGUUGGCCACGAUAUCCUAAAAGUGUGGGAUGGUCCAAUAGCAAGUGACAUCCUACUAAAAGAGUGGAGUGGCUCAUCAUUACCUGAAGACACCCACAGCACGUUCAACUCAUUAACUUUGCAGUUUGACAGUGACUACUUCAUCAGCAAGUCUGGGUUCUCCAUUCAGUUCUCAACUACAACAGCUACAACAUGCAAUGACCCAGGAACUCCACAGAAUGGCACUAGGUACGGUGACAGCCGAGAGCCAGGAGAUACUGUUACUUUUCAGUGUGAUCCAGGCUACCAAAUACAAGGAGCGGCAAAAAUCACCUGUGUGCAACUCAACAGCAGAUUCUUUUGGCAACCUGAUCCUCCAACUUGUAUUGCUACCUGUGGAGGAAAUGUGACAGGCCCAGUAGGCGUGAUUUUAUCACCUAACUACCCACAGCCUUAUCCUCCAGGAAAAGAAUGUGAUUGGAGAAUAAAAGUGAAUCCAGACUUUGUAAUAGCCUUGAUAUUCAAAAGUUUCAACAUGGAACCCAGUUAUGAUUUCUUACACAUUUAUGAAGGGGAAGAUUCCAACAGCCCUCUAAUUGGCAGUUUCCAAGGUUCUCAGCCCCCUGAUAGGAUAGAAAGCAGCGGGAAUAGCCUUUUUCUGGCUUUCCGCAGUGAUGCUUCUUUGGGGAUGUCUGGAUUUGCAAUUGAAUACAAAGAGAAACCACGGGAAGCUUGCUUUGACCCUGGAAAUAUAAUGAAUGGUUCCCGCAUAGGAACUGAUUUUAAACUGGGUUCUACUGUGACCUACCACUGCGACUCCGGCUACAAGACUGUCAGCCCAGCCACCAUUACAUGCAUUAUCGGAGAUGAUGGGAAACCUGUGUGGGACAGAGGACUCCCGUUUUGCAAUGCUCCCUGUGGAGGCCAGUAUGCUGGGUCAGGAGGAGUCGUUUUAUCUCCUAGUUAUCCACAUAAUUACACAGCUGGUCAGACAUGUAUAUACUCAAUUACUGUAUCCAAAGAAUUUGUGGUAUUUGGACAGUUUGCAUAUUUCCAAACAGCAGUGAACGAUGUGGUAGACCUAUUUGAUGGGGCAAACCAGAACUCCAGACUUCUUAGUUCCCUUGCAGGAUCGCAUACAGGAGAGACUUUACCUUUAGCCACAUCCAAUCAGAUUCUGCUCAAGUUCAGUGCCAAAAGUGGUGCUUCUGCUAGAGGUUUCCACUUUGUCUACCAAGCUGUUCCUCGCACAAGUGACACCCAGUGCAGCUCCGUACCAGAGCCCAGGUAUAGCAGACGAAUCGGUUCUGAGUUCUCAGCAGGGUCCGUUGUUCGCUUUGAAUGCAAUCCUGGAUAUCUCCUGCAAGGCUCUAAAGCUAUUAAGUGCCAUGCUGUUCCAAAUGCACUAGCACAAUGGAAUGACACAAUACCUACUUGUGUAGUUCCCUGCAGUAGAAAUAUGACUGAAAGAAGAGGCACGAUUCUGUCCCCAGGGUACCCUGACCCCUAUGGUAACAGUUUGAAUUGUGUGUGGAAAAUCACUGUAGCUGAGGGAGCAGGUAUACAGAUCCAGGUUAUGAGCUUUGCCACAGAGCACAACUGGGAUUCACUUGAAAUAUAUGAUGGCGGUGAUUUGACUGCACCAAAACUGGGUAGCUUUUCAGGUACCACUGCACCCGCUCUUCUGAACAGUACUUCUAAUCAGCUGUGUCUGCAUUUCCACUCUGAUAUCAGUGUAGCUGCAGCAGGCUUUUAUCUGGAAUACAAAACUGUAGGUCUUACAACUUGCCCUGAUCCAUUAGUCCCCAGCAAUGGUAUAAAGGUUGGAGACAGGUACUUGGUCAAUGAUGUGAUAUCAUUGAGUUGUGAACCAGGAUAUGUGUUACAGGGACACUCCCACAUAUCUUGUAUGCCAGGGACUGUUCGUCGCUGGAAUUACCCACCUCCCCUCUGCAUUGCUAGGUGUGGCGGAACACUGUUUGAAAUGAGUGGUGUCAUCCUGAGUCCUGGUUUUCCAGGAAACUACCCUAGUAAUCUUGACUGUACAUGGAAGAUUUUACUACCGGUUGGAUAUGGUACACAUUUACAGUUCCUGAACUUUUCUUCAGAAGCCAACCAUGAUUUUUUGGAAAUACGCAAAGGACCACAUCAUACUAGUUCCUUAAUUGGCCAGUUUAGUGGUACAGAAAUCCCACCAUCCCUACUUAGCACAACACAUGAAACUGUGAUUCAUUUCUACAGUGAUCAUUCAGAAAACAGGCAAGGAUUUAAACUGAAAUACCAAGCAUACGAAUUGCAAAACUGCCCAAAUCCUCACCCAUUUCCCAAUGGAUACAUCAUUAACAGUGAUUUUAAUGUGGGACAGUCAAUAUCCUUUGAGUGCUACCCAGGAUAUGCUCUUAUUGGACAUCCAGUUCUCACCUGUCAGCAUGGAAUCAACCGGAACUGGAAUUACCCUUUUCCUAGAUGUGAAGCUCCUUGUGGUUAUAAUGUAUCAGCUCAGAAUGGCACCAUUUAUUCACCUGGAUUUCCAAAUGAGUAUCCACAUUCCAAGGACUGUAUUUGGCAAAUUGCCGUGUCUCAUGGUCAUGGGAUAUACAUCAACUUCACUUUGCUCCAGACUGAACCUGUCAAUGACUACAUUGCUGUAUGGGAUGGUCCUGGUGAGAAUUAUGCACAGCUUGGAGUGUUUAGUGGGAAUACAGCCCUUCAAUCAGCUUACAGCUCCUUCAAUCAGGUUCUUAUUAAGCUUCACAGUGACUUCUCAACGGGUGGAUUUUUUGUCCUCAAUUUUCACGCCUAUCGUCUGAUAAAGUGUCAGCCACCUCCAGUUGUCCUCCACUCGGAAAUAUUAAAAGAAGAUGAAGAUUUUGAAAUAGGAGAUGUUGUGAAGUACAAGUGCUUUCCUGGGUUUACUCUGGUGGGCAGUGAUCAGCUCACCUGUAAGCUCAAUACAUACCUACAGUUUGAAGGUACACUGAAUUCCUGUGAAGCUCAGUGUCCUGCAAACGAAGUCCGUACUGAAUCCUCUGGUGUGAUCCUUAGUCCAGGGUAUCCAGGCCUCUAUCCAAACUCCCAGACCUGCUCUUGGACGGUUAAAGUGGAGUUCGGCUAUAACAUCUCAAUUUAUGUGGAAAUGUUUCAGAGUGAAAAACAGUUUGACGAACUGGAAAUAUUUGAUGGGCCUACAGGCCAAAGCCCUUUAUUGGUUGCUCUAAGUGGAAACCACACUGGACAGCUCAAUUUUACAAGCAAAACCAACGUGCUGUAUCUCCGGUGGUCAACCGAUCAUGCAACAAACAAAAAAGGAUUCAAAAUACGAUAUUCAGCUGCAUAUUGUAGCGUAAACACUCCAAGGAAUGGUGGAGUAUUUAACAAGACAGGUGGUCAACUUGGCAACAAAGUGCACUAUUCCUGUAAUCCCGGAUAUAGGAUGAUUGGUCACAGUAAUGCCACAUGCAGACGCCGCCAAAAUGGAUUAUAUGAUUGGGAUUCUGCUGUCCCAUUCUGUCAAGCUGUGUCUUGUGGUAUUCCUGAACCACCAGGGAAUGGAACAUUUCAUAGCAAUCAGUACACUUUUGGCAGCAAAAUUCAGUACCAUUGUAAUGAAGGCUACAGAUUGGAAAUAAGUAGUGCAGCCACAACAGUAUGCCAAGAAGAUGGUACAUGGAGUAACAAAGGAAUACCCCCACUGUGUAUACCUAUGCGUUGUCCUAAUAUUCAAGCCAUGCUUUCUGAGCAUGUAGUCUGGCAUGUGAUUUCUGGUUCAUCGAACGAAUACGGAGCUCAGGUCUUGCUGAGCUGCAGUCCUGGUUAUUACUUGGAAGGUCGUAGAACCAUACAGUGCCUAGCUAAUGGGACAUGGAGAGGAAGUGAAGAACAGCCAACUUGUAAAAUGAUUUCAUGUGGCGAGCUGUCUUCUCCACCAAAUGGUAACAGAAUUGGUACCCUAACCACAUAUGGAGCCACAGCAAUCUUUACAUGUAACACCGGUUACACACUUACAGGAUCUCAUGUACGCGAGUGUCAGGCCAACGGAUUGUGGAGCGGAACAGACACUAGAUGUCUAGCUGGCCACUGUGGUUCUCCUGACCCAGUCAUUAAUGGACAUAUCAGUGGAGAUGGAUUCAGUUACCGUGACACAGUGGUGUACCAAUGCUACCUUGGCUUUAGACUUGUUGGUACUUCAGUAAGGAUUUGCCAACAGGACCACAAAUGGUCAGGGCAAGCAGCAGUUUGUGUUCCUAUACCAUGUGGUCACCCUGGCAACCCUACUCAUGGCAGAACCAAUGGAAAUGAGUUAAAUCUGAAUGACAUGGUUAACUUUACCUGCAAUACAGGGUAUAUUUUACAAGGUGCAUCAAGAGCACAAUGUCGGGCAAGUGGGCAGUGGAGCAACCCACUACCAGCAUGUAGAGUGGUAAACUGUUCAGAUCCAGGGUUUGUGGAAAAUGCCAUUCGUCAUGGGCAACAGAAUUACCCUGAAAGUUUCAACUAUAGAAUCAGUGUAAUGUAUCACUGUAAACGAGGAUUCUACCUGCUCGGCUCAUCUGUACUGACCUGUCAAGCAAAUGGCUUCUGGGAUAGAUCUCUUCCUAAAUGCCUUCCUAUCUUGUGUGGUAAUCCUGGUAAACCACCUAAUGCCAUUUUAACUGGAAGCAAGUUCACCUAUGGGGCUGUGGUUUACUAUUCUUGCAGUGGAAAUAGAACUCUCAUUGGAAAUGAUACACGCUUUUGUCAGGAGGAUGGCCACUGGAGUGGAUCUCUUCCUGAAUGUUCAGGUAAAAGUCCUGGUUUCUGUGGUGACCCUGGUGUUCCAGCUCAUGGUUCAAGGCUUGGUGAUGAAUUCAGGACAAAACACCUCCUGAGAUUUUCCUGUGAAGCUGGGUACAUUUUAAGAGAAUCAGCAGAGCGAACAUGUCUUCCAAAUGGUUCCUGGAGUGGCACUCAACCAGUUUGUGAAGCUGUAUCUUGUGGAAAUCCUGGCACCCCAGCCUAUGGAAAGAUAUUGUUUAGUGACGGAAUAACGUUCUCCAGUUCAGUCACUUAUGCAUGCUGGGAAGGGUAUAAGACAUCGGGUCUCACUACUCGCCAUUGUACUACCAAUGGCACUUGGACUGGCAAUGCACCAGACUGCACAGUGAUCGUCUGUGGGGAUCCAGGUGCAUUAGCCAACGGCAUUCAAAUAGGAAAUGAAUUUACCUUUAACAAGACUGUUCAUUAUCAGUGUCAGCCAGGCUACAAACAGGAACCAACUGUCUCCUCCACUUUACUUUGCACAAAAGAUGGGUCUUGGAACCAGACUAAACCUGUCUGCAAAGCUAUCACGUGUGGAGAGCCUCCCCUGGUGCUUCAUGGGAAAAUGGAAGGAUCAGACUAUCAGUGGGGAUCCAGUGUUAGUUACAGCUGUUUUGAGGGGUACCAGCUCUCUGUACCUGCCAUAAUUACCUGUGAGGGAAAUGGCAUAUGGAGGGGGGAGGUUCCACAAUGUCUGCCUGUUUUAUGUGGUGACCCUGGGACGCCAGCUGAAGGUCAUCUUGAUGGCCAAACCUUCACAUAUAGGUCUGAGGUGUCGUUUCACUGCAGAUCUCCACAUAUCCUUGUAGGCUCAUCUAGAAGAGUGUGCCAAUCAGAUGGAACCUGGAGUGGAAUCCAACCUACGUGCAUUGAUCCAUCCUAUACCAUGUGCACUGACCCAGGCACUCCACAUUAUGGCUUACAAAACAGAUCUCAAGGUUAUGAGGUUGGAAGCAGAGUGUUCUUUAAAUGCAGAAAAAGCUACCACAUACUGGGGUCCACAACACGCAUCUGUCUUGCAAAUUUAACCUGGAGUGGUGUGCAACCUGAAUGCAUAUCUCAUGCCUGCAGACAACUAGAGAAUCCUACUCAUGUUGAUGUGAAAGCUAUAGAUCUGCCUACUUUAGGCUAUACUUUAAUAUACACAUGUCAACCUGGCUUUUUCCUGGCUGGGGGGUCAGAACACCGGACUUGCAAAGCGGAUGGUAAAUGGUCAGGGAAGCCACCUAUAUGCAAAGUUGGGCCUAAAAUUAAACCAAAUGUAACUGUUCCGGUUUUGCACAAGAUACAUGUUCCUGCAGAUGUCUUUUCAGUAAACUCUGUCUGGAAAGGUUUCUAUGAAUAUCUUGAAAAAAGACAACCAGCGAUUAUUACCGUUAGCUGGUUCAAUACUUCAACCAGUACAGUGAAUGCAACAUUACUGGAGCACAGCGGUGUGUCGCUCAAACUUUCAGGGAUAUACAAGAAAGAAGAGAACCAUUUACUUCUAAAGGUCUAUCAGAUCAGAGGGCCCAUAGAAAUAUUUGUCAGUAAAUUUAAAAAUGAAAGCUGGGCUUUGGAUGGAUAUGUCUCAGCAGAAUCUGAAAGCGGUGGAUUUAUUUAUCAGGGCUCUAUUCAUGGUUUCCAAGACUUUGGAAAGUUCAGAUUGCUGAGACAAGACCCAGUAACGGACACAACUUCAAAUCCAUAUUAUGGCACCAACAGCAGUUCGGUAGCAGCUGCCAUUCUAUUGCCAUUCUUCGCACUUAUUCUAUCAGGGUUUGCGUUUUACCUCUAUAAACACAGGGUGUUUUCAGCAGACAGAGAUGAGAAUGUGAGACGCAAAGAAGUAAUGGGAACAGGCUGCAGAACAAGACCAACAGUACAGUAUAAUGGCUAUGCUGGCCAUGAGAACACAAAUGGACAAGCUUCAUUUGAAAAUCCAAUGUAUGACACAAAUUUGAAACCAACUGAGACAAAAGCUGUGAGAUUCGAUACAACUCUGAACACAGUCUGCACAGUGGUAUAGCCUUUGUUGUCAGUUUUGACUAAUUCAUAGCCAUACCUCUUGGUUAAGCAGCAACUUCUUUGGUGUCAUGCCAAUCUCCUUUGUGACUCUUUGCUUUGCUACUGUGCUCUUUGUAACACCUUAUGUUAGGAAAACAAUAUAACAAGAUGUGGAUUCUCCAAGAGUCAUUUUUCAUCACGCAAAGAACAAGUUGAAGAACAUGAAAGCAAAAGCAGACAUUUGUUACGGAACAAGAAGCACCUGAGGAUGUUUUGCCAGUUUCUCAUACCGUAUGUCUCAGCCUUUCAUGUUGCUAUCCGGAAGGAAGCAUUUCAAUGCAGUCUCUUGGGAAGAUUUUUGAAGUUUCAUGAAAAGCCUCUUAAUUGUUCAGAAAAGGUACUUUCUUAAGAGAAGACGAGCAAUGAUGAUAAAGAAGAAGUCAUCUUUAUAAUUGGUUGCUAAUAUCUUUCCAAAAUUGUUUCCAAUAACACUUAAACAUUUUUUUACAACUGCCUGUCUCACAAAAGAAAUUUGCUGUCCACUAACUGGAAAUUAAGGGGCUGUUGUGUUGCAAACUUAACUGCACAAUUUUUGCACUAGUGUGUUAUGAAUGAUUAAGCAAAUGGUAAAAAAAAGUACAGGGUUUCUAUACACUGCCCAUUGUAUAUAGAUAUCUAAUUCCACAAUUAUUCAGAGCAUGUUGUCAUGUUUUCUGUUUUGCAGUAAAAAGCUGAUUUUAUUUUCUAUAUUUAUUUUAAGGGCAAGGGAAAAAGAUAAUAUCUUAAAUAAUUGUUCACCAUAUACAUUUUAUAUUUAAGUACUGUUUUUGAUUAACUCUAAAUGAACCACUGAAGCAACAACAUUACAUAUCCCCAUUGUUUUUCUUUUAUAUAUUGUUUUCUAUACUGAAAGCAUAAAUUAUGUGUGAAGAAAAAUUAUUGCGAAUGAUGAUGACUGUUGUUAAUGAUGAAGUUUCCAGGAAAGAAUGUUGUACAGUAUGUAUUGGAAAACCUUAUCGUAGCAGAUACCAAUGGUACUAAGGCUGCCACCUUUAAACAUGCAAAGGUCUCUGUUUAGUUUAUUAUUGAUAAUCGUUCAGACAAUCCAUAUACUCUAAACAAACAUUGAGAAGCAAAAUAAAUCACUUUGGUUGAUUUUCUGUUGUAACAUACUGCCAGAAUGACAUUCAAGUCCGUUAGUAUAGUAUAAUGUCCCGCGCGAAGUCCUGUUUUGUCAAAGGCAACGUGUAUUUGUACAUUUUUUACCCAUAUACUUAUAGUGCAAGUCUCUGUCAUGGAACGACAGCCUUAGCCCCUUUACGCUGCAGGCAAGAGAACAUUAGGAAAUUCAUGUUUGCCCAAAGUCCCUGCCAAACAUGAAUUUCACUUUCCCAGAAGAGGAAAUGAAAUUUAAAUAUGGAGUGCCAGCCGUCAUUAUUUUAAAAGGAAUAUUUUCCUCUCUACAAUAUUUAGAACGAGAUGAUAGAGGAAAAGGUAAGUGGAUUUUAAUGUAGUACUCUUGUUUUAACUAACAGGUCAAGAUACUCUUACAUGAAUUAAAAAAAAAACAACAACAUUUAUUCGUAGAAUUGAAGCAGUUUAAUUACCAAAAUGGAAGUAUUGAUUUAAAAAAGAAUUCAGUCCAUGUGUACAUUGCAUAUUAUAGAAAUAAGCCAUGUGCUAUGAGUGCUGUAUAGGGUGUCUACUCUGCCAGAAGCAUAUUAUUUGUAAAUCACUGUUUAUUACUUGAAAAGUGUAUGCUACUUACUCAGAAAUCUGAAAUAUUAUUCAUGACAUUUAUGAUUAGAUAACAUUUUAUUUUUAUAAUUUUAUUUUUAUUUUUUUGCUUGAGGUGGACCCCCAAUCCUUGCUGUUCAAUUUACUUCAGGUGAUUUUCAUGUUUACAAAACAUGGCAGCCUUAAUUCGUACCAUAUAUAUAUAAUUUUACCAGGCAAUUAGAAUUCGGUGAUCGAUGAAAUGGUAGCCGUAUCAGUCCAGAGAUGAAGACAAAGAGUAGGAGAUGUGAUGCAUUUUAUUGGACUAACUAAACAAUAAUUAAUCACAAGCUUUAAAGACCUCAAAGGUCUCUUCUUCAGGUGAAAGUAGGAAAAAGAGAUCAUCUGAAGAAGAGACCUUUGAGCAGUGGCUGUGCUCGCUGAUUGGGGGCCCUAAGCGGAAAUAUUUUUUGGGCCAGCCCCCCCCCCCUUUCGGUUUUUCUUUUUUAUUACCCUCUCCUUUGUGUUGUAAUUGAUUGCUAUUAAUCCGACUCCAAUUCUUAAUUAAAACGUUGAUAAACCUGUCAAUUGUGAAAUGAAUUUAGUUAAUACAGUAGCAGGGUGAUUUUCAAAGAUCUUUGCAAAAUUUGCUACUGAUUUUCUGAAAGUAAUUAUAAAAGUUUAAAGGAGCAAAUCUAGCAAGAGUCAGCAUACGUACUGGAACAAUCUAGCAAGAGUCAGCAUACGUACUGGAAAGGGAAAUACAAUUUUUUUUUUUUCUCACUUAAACUAUUUUAGAAAUAUUUGCAGUUAGAAAAAGUGGAGCAAAUUUUGUACUGACGCAAAAAGCUUUGAAAGGUGUCCUGUAAAUGUUUCUCUACUUCAUAACAUCAUUCUGGGUGCGUUCAGAGCAGAACAGCACAACACUUGCAAUUUAUUUUUUGUACUACGUGUAUAUAAAACCACUUAUUGAUCGUCUAAUCAGACAUAGAAACUCGACUGAAUAAACAAUGUAUUAUUUGCUUUCAACAGCAGAGCUUUUCUAUUUAAGACAAUUCUAACUGUAUUCAGCUUGCUUACAUUGGCAACAUGAAAUAGGCUGAAUACACUGAAUUCAGUUGUUAUCCAUAGUUCCACCAGUUACACAGAUUUCUUAGUUUUUCAAUAUCAAUGCAAUGAAACAUAAUUAUGAUGUUAAUGUAUUAAUAGUCAAACAUCUGGAGAGUUAAUAUUGUUACUUGCGGCCUAUCCCGUUUCAACAGAAAAAAGAGGAAAAAAGAACCCAAUGGUAAGAUUGAUAUUAAGACUUUUAUUUAGUUUUUUUUAUUUUUUAAUUCAAUAAUUACUCUAUUAUUAGUACGCUCGCUGUGCCCCCAAGAAAGUCUGACACCCAAGUUGAGAACCUCUGAUACACAGGGUAGACUACGUUGUUUUUUUUUAAACAUUUAAACUGGAGUUGAUCUUGUGGUAGGAAAUUGACAGAAAUUGCUUUAUCUCAUGUACCAAUGCUAUCAACUCGGAUUAAUAACUACGUUCUGAUCUUGCCAAUAACAUUUUAAAAAAUGUGUAUGAAAUUAUAACAUAACUAUUCAUCCAAUGUCAAAAUAUGUAUAUAUAGAAAUAACAAUAUCAUGUUUUUAAUUUUAAAAGUUCAAAACCCAUACCAAUAAAAAAAGAAAGUUUUUGUUUUGUAUGGAUUCCAUCAACAUUUUUUUAUUUUAAUUUAUUUUCCUGUCCGAGUGCUAAAAUCUUUACGAUGCCAUUGCGUUGGCUUUGCAGCUCCGCUAUACAAAUCAUGCACACUGCAUGUACAGUACUGCCCUGUGAAGACGCUACUGUCACAGUAAACGCUGCUGUUUAUAAAUGUAAUCACCAGUAGUUUUAUGAGAAGACAUUAUAUUUGAUUGUAAAUACUUAAAAAAAUAAGCAGAUAAAUUUGUGUACAGGUCUAUUAUGUCGUGUUAACCUUUUUUCUGCGCACUCAGUCUCAUUCUGUUACUAAAUUUGUGUUUCAGGAUUGCUUUCAUCGAAAUAAAUACAGUUUUUAAAUCAGUGCAAUACUACAGAAUUCUAAGUUCCGGUAAAAAAAAACAAAAAAAAAACCAUAUAGUCCCCCUGAAUCGGAACCCCCUUAAACUGUCUGGGGCCCAAAGCUUUUGCUUAGUCUGCUUAUGCCUAGCACCGCCACUACCUUUGAGGUCUUGAAAGCUUGUGAUUAAUUAUUGUUUAGUUAGUCUAAUAAAAGGUAUCACAUCUCCUUAUCUUUGUGUAUUAUAAUUUGUACAAUUUCCAGUAUGUGCAAUUUAUGCUUCAGCCCUUGUGUAAAAUAAGAACCAUUUAUUUCACCUUAAUUUUAUA